UAGUAUAUAAUUUCAAUCUUUGUUGCUUGUUGACAACUAUUGGUGUUUCACUUUCGUUCAAUUUCAAUAAUACGCUAACGAUUUACAAACUCGAGUAGCAAUAUUCGUUAACGGUUGAUCGUUUUUAGUCAUACGGUUGAGUAGAAUAUGCCUGACCCUCGAUUAUACUGCGUCAUAGACAUAAUAUAUAUUAUAUCUAUGUACUGUGUUCACCACUACAAUGAUUGUCUGAUUUAACAUUACCUACCACUUAACACACGACAUUAUAUCAAAUAUUAAGACAUAAAUAUUUUUCUGUUUGUGCUACUCUUGUAAAAAAUAUUUUCACCUUUUUACUACUUCGGAAUUGGCACAAAAUGCAGUGAAUUUGGUUGUCAAAAUGUCAUCCAAUUCUAGUAUAAAAGAUACAAUUGUUAUUGGAGGAUUAUCAAUACUUGGUUUUAUGGCUGGUGGAAAACUUGGUUCUAUGUUUGGUGCAGUUGUUGGAACUAUAGUUUGCUCAAUGUUCAACGGGCAACAACCAAUAGAAGCUUCAGGGUCUCCAGAUAAUAAUUUUUUUACACCAUCAUUUUGCUCUAACUCAAAUCAUAAUAUUGAUAAGUCUAACGAAAAUAUAUCAAUAGAUAAACUUACUGAAGUGACAGAGUGUUCAAUAUGCCUCGAAUCAUUUGUACCCUCAUUUCUGCUGUGGCCAUGUUUUCAUAGGUGUUUUUGUGAUAGUUGUUAUGUUGAUGUAGUAAGAAAAAAGGUUUCUAGUUGUCCUAUUUGUAGAAACCCUAUUGCUGAGUUUAGACCCAUAUGACUUUCAUAAACAAUGCAUUCUAGUCAAUUUAAUUUGCUAAUGUAAAUGUAAAUAGAAUAAUUAUAAAAUUGUAAACUUUUUGAA